AGAUGAUGAGACUGCCAAGUUAGGGUUGCUUACAGUAAUUUUGAGCCUUAUUUUCAUGAAGGGGAACACCGUCAAAGAAUCGGCUGUAUGGGAGAUGUUGAGGCACCUGCGAAUUAUUCAAGGAGAGAAGCAUGAGCAAUUUGGGGAUGUGAAAAAACUUGUGACUGAUGAAUUUGUCAAGCAAAAAUACCUGGAGUAUAAUAAGAUCCCCCAUACAGAUCCCAUAGAGUAUGAAUUCCAGUGGGGACCAAGAGCCUUUAAAGAAACUUCCAAGGCGAGAAUCCUGGAAUUUGUCUCCAAGAUUCAACAAAAGGAUCCCAAAUCCUGGGAGUCUCAGUACAAAGAUGCACAGGAUCCAGCACCGUCUACAUCACAAGGACCUUCUUCCUCACAGUCCACCAGGCAAAGCACAGCUGCCUCUCAGUCUGCCAGGAAAUCUUUAGCUGCCUCCCAGUCUGCCAGAAAAACUAUAGCUUCCUCCCAGUCUGCCAGGAAAUCUAAAUCCUCUGGAUGA